AUGACACCUCAUGGCCUAUUCUCCAACUGGCCUCCUCCCUCGAAGGAGAUCCUAAAAGAAUGGCUAGACAGACAGAGUAUCAUCAGAGAUGACAGCUUGAAGAUCGUCGAUAUGGAUGAUGGUGAUGGAUGGAGAUUGUUGUCCGGACGUGAGAUGGAUAUAGGAGAGCUGAUAUGUUCCAUACCCAAAACAUCCAUCUUAUCCCACCGCACCUCCUCACUUCCUCCUCUCCCACCUCUACCCUCGUCCAGCUCUUGUAAUGAGGGGUCUAUGAACUCGAUCACGAUUCUACACCUAUCUCUACGUCUCUUACACGAGUAUCGCCUAGGAGAGGGAUCACCGUUCUAUGGAUACCUCCAAUCGCUGCCUAGGGAUAUCAUUGGAUUACCGAUCUUUUGGGAUCUUCCAGAAAUAUGCGGAGAGGAUGGGAAAGAAGCUAAGAAGUGGUUGAGGGGCACGGAGGCGGAGAGGGAGCUGAGAGUGAGAGAAGAGCAAGGACUGAGGCUGUCAGAUCUCCAACUAUUCUAUUCGCAUUACUCAUCACAUCUACCUCCUACCACUUCUCAUCCCCAACCAUCCCCAAUCCAAGCAUUCUAUCACGCUUUCAGCCUCAUUUCCACUCGGGCAUUUAUGAUAGACCUAUAUCACCUUAUCGCCCUCUGCCCCUUCGCAGAUAUCUUAAACCACCACCCUACCCUGCCCAACACCUCUCUAUCGUCAGACGACUUUGUAUGUCAUCUUUGCGGAUCGCUGAAAACCUGUCCAGAGCAUGAUAUCACCAACUCACAGGGAAUAGCUUAUCGUCUACUUCACCUAAUCCCUAGGGAUAUACAAAGGAUAGAAGAUGAACCGCAAGAUACCAUCGAAUUGAGAGUUGAAAGACCGAUAGUGAAGAAGGGAGAGGAGGUAUGGAAUUCGUAUGGAGAUGGAUUGAGCGAUGCGAAGUUGCUGGUCGAAUGGGGAUUUUUAGGUGAGGAAUAUACGGGAGAUGGUCUGGUUUGGGAUUUGGAGGACCUUCACUUAAAAGGAGAAGGGGAGUCUGAGGGAUACUGGGAAUUGUUUGAUCAAGCUCUCAACAAUUUCAUCUAUCAAGAUUCUGCGGAGCACGAAGAUGAGGAAGAAAGGAUACUGUGUGGGAGGAAUGAACAGCAUCCGAGACUGUUGAACCUCGAUCAAUCAGGGAGGAUCUCGAUCAAUAUAUUCAGUCUACUGUGGUUAAAUCAGAUACGAUCGCGAAGAAAGGGACAAGAAAAUCUCAAAGCUGAGGAUCUGGAGCUACUCCUGCAAGCCAUCAAGCAGAUAGAAUCGAUUUGGAAGAUAUCGAUCGAUGAAGAAUAUACAGACUAUGAUACUCUUUUGAUUGAUGACUUGGUGGAAGUGAUCCAGCAGCUUAUAGACCUACUCAAGAAAAGGAUAGGAAAGAUGUAUAGAUGUGAUUCGAGUGAAGAUGCAUUAUUCAAAAUGCGAGAUGAUCUUCCACAGAAAGAUAGAUACCAAUAUAUGGCGAUGACAUUAUCGAUCAACGAAAGGGUUUUGAUCAAUUCGACUCUGAACAAAUGGAAUGACCUGCUCGAUUUCAUAGUUGCUUCAUCAUGA